AGUUCAACAAAAAGGAAACUGAAAUUCCUCCAAUAACAACAAUGAAUUAAAAUAAAAUUGAGAGAGAGAGAGAGAGAGAGAGGGAGAGGGAGUGGGUGAAAAAACAAAAAAUAAAAAAAGGAGAAAAGCUCAACAUUUACUUCUUGUACAAUACAACUAAGAGGUCACACACAGACCUUCCUCUCUCUCUUUCCAUUGCACCUUCCUUCCUUUCUCCUUUUCUCUGUCAUUUUUCAGAUUCCUCCAAUGCUCUUUUCUCUUUCAUUGGAUUGUACAUAUUCUCACCUUAAAUACCCACUUUUCAAUUUCUCUUAAUUCUAUUUCAUUUCUUUGCUUUUUUAUGUAAAAAAAAGCACUUUUAAGGACUGUAAAACCAAAACUGUUUCUGGGUCUAUUGGUUUUUGCUUUUUUCUUGUAUACUGUUUUCUGGGUUUCUUGUAGAAUUAAGUUUUCAAUACCCACUAUUACUAUAAGCCGUAAAUUAGGCUUAAAAAGAACUUUUUUUUAAUUGAACUUUUUGUUUUUGUCAAUAAAUAAAUAAUUUUCUGGUUUUUUCUGCAAUUUUUAUUUGGCCCUUUUGUUUGAGGAAAAGUUUCAGACAUGGGGAAACAAGGUCCUUGCUAUCACUGUGGAGUUACAAGCACACCACUUUGGCGUAAUGGGCCACCUGAGAAGCCAAUUUUGUGCAAUGCAUGUGGAUCUCGAUGGAGAACAAAGGGAACACUUGCAAAUUAUACUCCUUUACAUGCUCGGACAGAUACUGUUGAUUAUGACGAUCAAAGAGUUUCCAGGUUAAAGAUUGUAUCAUUAAAUAAGAACAAAGAAGUGAAAUUGGUCAAACGAAAGAAGAACUAUGAUAAUGCUUAUACUGCAUCUGGAGAGUUCACGCCUGAAUAUAAUCAAGGAUUCCUAAAGGCUGUGGAUGAGGAUACGAGCAAUAGAUCAAGUUCAGGGUCAGCCAUCUCUAAUUCAGAAAGCUGUGUUCAAUUUUGUGGCACCGAUGCUAGUGAUUUGACAGGUCCUGCUCAGUCAGUGGUCUGGGAUACUGCGGUGCCUUCAAAGAAGAGGACAUGUGGAGGUCGUCUGAAGCAUUCUUCUGUUGAGAAGCUCACAAAAGACUUGUGUACUAUUCUUCAUGAACAACAACAGUCUUGUUUUUCUGCUUCUUCUGAAGAGGAACUUCUUUUUGAAAGUGAAACGCCGAUGGUCUCUGUUGAGAUAGGACAUGGAAGCAUGCUUAUUAGGCAUCCUAGCUCUAUAGCUCGUGACGAAGAGUCUGAGACUAGCUCUCUUUCAGUUGAUAAUAAACAAUGCCUAAUGAAUGAGGCAUAUUCGUUCUAUGGUUCAAUUCCCAUGCUCAGUGAUUAUACUGGCAUGAAUUUCUCUUCUCAGGGAGUUGCAAAGGUCAGAAACUCUGCUGGCCAAAGAAUACAACAGGAGCAACUUGAGAGGGAGAAGUCUCGGCUUGAAAAAAUAGAAGUUCUUGGAAAUCAUGAUUCACCCCUAUGUAUAAUAGAUUUAAAUGAUGUAGUCAACUAUGAGGAGUUUUCAAGAAACUUGACAAAUGAAGAGCAGCAGCAAUUACUGAAAUAUCUCCCUGUGGUUGAUACUGCUAAACUUCCUGAUAGCCUUAAAAUUAUGUUCAAUAGCUUUCAAUUCAAGGAGGAUUUAACCUAUUUUCAGAAACUUCUCGGGGAAGGUGUCCUCGAUAUCUCUUUGUUGGGGGCAAACCCUGAAGACUGCAAGACGUUGAAAAGGCUUGCAUUGUCUAAUCUGUCAAAGUCAAAAUGGGUAAAACACUAUAAUUUUCUAAAGAAAGGCGGCAUCAAAACUGAAAAAUAUGAUGAUAUGGAAUCUCCUGUUGUAGCAUCAAGUAAUACUGCGAAUGCGAAGAGAUUGCGUGUCAGCCAAAAUCAAAAUUUUCCAGAAUUGAAGACAACAAUGAGGAGUCCCAAAAGGGUGAUCGUAAAAGCUGGCUGUGGCGGCAAAGAAGUUGUAGAUGGCUCUAGCAUCAGUCCGGAAAGCCUAUUUGCAUUGCCUCACAAUGGUGGCUUGCACAUGCUGGAUUCUUCAAACUUUUUUGACGAGAGUUCUGAUCAGGAUCUGCUGCUAGAGUUUCCAUCUAACAAUUCUUUUCCACAGGCAGAGCUCCUGCUCCCAAAUUCUAGCUUGGUAGCUCAAGGCAGCACCAGUAGUAGCUCGGUAUAUUCUCAUGUCACUCGUCCUUGAUUAAUCUUUCACUAGGUUAUACCUGGAAGACUACGGACACAAUUUUAUGUUUGGUUACGGUCCGCAUGUUUUGCUUGCGUCUUAAACACCAAAAUCCUUGUACAAGAGAUAUGAUGAAUGUGCUUUUGUUUUCUUGCAACCUUUUUGAGCUUGGAUUGCCAAGGGAUGCAAGUUGGAUGGGCUUUUUGUAUAGGUUGAUGAUAGAUUGUAACAUAAUAUAUAUAGCACGAAAUGCGGAGUGAUAUUCUCCAGACUUUUGUAUGCAAAUUGUAGCUUAUGUUUUGUGAAUUAUUUCACACCCUUCCCCCACCCCACAGAAACACCAUUCAUUUGAAGAAAUAAAUGGAUGAACAGCUUUACAAAUGUAUGAUGAAGAACUAAACGAUUAUUUUGGCCGUAA